AUUUAUAUAUCUGAAAUGGGUAUAGAUGCAAUAUAGGAUUGUGGACUACAAGUAUUUUAGUACAGAAUUGAGGUUGGGUAAAGAUGACGAUGUCAUGGAACAGUCAAUGAGGAAAUAUGAAAAAAAGCAACAAAAAGAUCCGCCAGAUCAAGCCCCCAUGGGAGCCUCUAUUGAUGAUGCAGAUGACCUGUGUGAGGACUGCUGUCCAAUCAUCCAAGACAUGACAAAGCUAUCCUUGCUGAAAAAUUCCCACCAAAGUCUUUCAUACACAGGGACCAAGUCUUCUACAAACUACUCUAUCAGUUUCCGGAGCACUGACUGCAAUUGUAUGUUAAGCAACAGUAGUUGCUCACAUCACACUGCUGGACGGUGCACUUGUCAAUGCAAUAAAUAUGGGCUGCCACAACAUCGCCAAAGAAUAGUGCAAUGUAGGACUUAUUCACAAUCCAAUACUUCACCAUUUCCAUCCAUAGCUAGUGAAUCAAUUAUAAAAGACCAAACCAGAAAACAUUCCAGAAACAGUAUCACAAAUUCAUCUUCUUCAUUAACUCACCCAGAAAACAUUCCAAAAUCUGGAAGUGAAUACUCAGUUUCUAAAGAGGCCAGUUCUUUUAGUUCUUUAAGUACACAUAAAAUACCUCAGAUUGUGCUUCAAAGGGCAUCUUCGUGUGACGAAUCACAUGGCGGAUCAUCAUUAGUGGAGGUCUUAUAUGGUGCUGAUGUUGAGCUUUUUAAAAAUGCCAAAAUUCUCUCUGAUCAUAGAUUUAAGGGUAAAGAUGAUAGUUUUGUGAGUCCCUCACUUAAGGUGGACCUGGACAUAACAUCACACCUUCCAUUAAGCCCCAGAAGCAGUAACGGCAGUAUCUGUAGUGGACGCUCCAGUAACGCAGAUUCUGCCGUAGAUAUUCUGACUCCUGACGAGGAGUUUUAUUCCGUGGGGGAUGUUCAAGUCCCUCCUGACUCUGUUGAUUGGUUCUCUUCCAGUGACUUACCACAAACAGACAAAUCAACAGAUGCCAUGUGGUCCAUUCCAGCGGUGGUCAUCAGUGACCACAGUGAGCCACAAAAGGAGGGGCAUCAAGACAAUUACUGCCCAGACAGUGGGACAGAGUGUCGUUUAAAUCUUAGGAGGAAUACUUCUAAUACAUCUCUUUGUUCAGAUGAUUCCUCCCUUAGCUCCUCACCGGCUUUAUCGAGGACCGGGUCCAACCUCUCCCUCACCGAGACCGAUGAAGAAGUCCCAGAAACGAAACCAAAGCAGAGCUCGUGGAAGAAGAUACGCAACAUUGUUCACUGGUCUCCCUUCAUCCAACAGUUCAAGAAACACAGGUAUCCAUGGAUACAACUAGCUGGUCACCAAGGCAACUUUCAAGCGGGUGAACCUGGAGCCGUAUUAAAAAAAUAUGAUUCCCGAGAACAAAAGGCAUUUGAUAAACUAAUGAAGGAUGUGUUACGAUCCUACGUACCAGAAUAUCGGGGUGACGUCUUCAAAAACAAUGAGAAAUAUUUACAACUCCAAGAUCUUCUGUGUGAGUUUGACUCGCCGUGUGUCAUGGACAUUAAGAUGGGGACGAGGACUUACCUAGAGGAAGAGCUGGAAAAGGCUCGUGAAAAACCCAAACUCAGGAAGGAUAUGUAUCAGAAAAUGAUUGAGGUAGACCCAUCAGCCCCCACUGAAGAGGAGCGUGCCCAGGGAGCAGUCAUUAAACCCAGAUACAUGCAGUGGAGAGACGAAAUGUCCUCUUCAACACACCUAGGCUUCCGAAUAGAGGGAAUUAAGAAAAUGGAUGGUGCUUCCAGUAAAAAUUUCAAGAAAACCAAAACCCGAGAGGAGGUAAAGGAGGCCCUCAAACAUUUCGUGGGAACGGAUGCCGAAGUUUACGCUCGAUACAGCAAGAGAUUAAAAGCCAUUAGAGCCACACAGGAGGUGUCAGAGUUUUUCAAGGCACACGAGAUUAUUGGCAGCUCUUUGUUAUUUGUACAUGAUAAAUCAGGACAUGCUAGUGUAUGGAUGAUUGACUUUGGGAAGACAAAUCCCCUCCCAGAGGGGGUCAAGGUCAACCAUCGUGACCUCUGGGUAGAGGGCAAUCAUGAAGAUGGAUACUUAUUCGGUUUGGACAAUCUAAUCACCAUUCUGGAUGAAGUAGAGAGGGAACUGUUAAAUGUAGAAGAUACAGAGAAAAGUAGUGCGCCUUGUGAAUAGAUCUGUCAUUCUUAUAUACUGCUGAUGGAGUUGUGAAAAAAAAACCAUACUCAUCAAGCCCUCACAUUAGGGUUGCCUGUCCUCAGGGGCAGAGACAGCCCAGGGACUCUCGGCCCAGAGAAGGGGGAGACUGCUGUCUUAUUUAAAUGAUUAGAUGUAGUAUAGGGCAUACCUGAAUUUACUCUUUUCAAGAUAUUAAUCCUCUAAUUCCAAAUGUAGAAGAUUGACCAAGCUCAGUGUCUAGGUUCCAGAGAUUGGAUUCAUAAGUGCUGAUAGCCCAAACAAAAAUAUUUUGUACGAGUAGUAAGGAGGUUUUUUUUUCUAUUUUUGAAGCAAAGUUAAUUGUUAGAGAUUUAAAUUUUGAAAAAAAAAAUGGUACAAAUACCUUAUAAGGUGUACAGCAUUGCAUUAUUAUAUAAUGUAGAAGAGUUAGGCUCAUCAAAUGUAUGAAAUGGACAUGUAGAUUGACAUCUCAGACAGUAACAAAAAAAGAAAAUGUUGGAUAUAUAUAUAUAUAUACCCUUUACAUUUACUCUAGAGUAGAUACCAAAGAACUGCUAUAUUGAUGAAGAAAAGGUCACAUGACUAUUUUUAGGUUCAAAGUUCAUUGAAAAAGUCCCAAGCACUGGUUAGUAAUCAACUUCCGUUAUUCAAUGUAUAUUUGGAUAAAAUUAGUCUUGAAGACCAUAUUAUCUGUCAGAUAUCACUUUUGUUUAUUUUUUCUUGAGAUUUAAAUGGGAAUACAAUAAUGAUCUAAAUAUGAUAAACAACUCUAUUUACAGAGAUUUGCUAAUUUGUGUUCUUUUUUAAUUCAGUUUUUACAAGAUCUGAAAUUUAAGCAAGUUUUAAAAAUUUUGUGUCCAAAGUUAAACCUGUCCUGUUUAGUUCUUUGACUUUGAUGUUGAUGUGUUUAUUUCGGAAAUCAGGAUCUUCCAAAUGAGAGCAGCUGUAUAUUUCCUGUCGUUUUACUGAGUACUGAUUGGUUCAUUUCUAAGGGGCCUGUCCUUCAGUGGGUCAUGUCUAUAUGUAUAAUAUUGUAUAUAUUGUAUAGAUCUGAUAUUGUAUACAAUCUUGUAGUUGCAUAAUCAGUCAGUGAGACUACUUGUAUGUCUUUAACUUUUGUUUAUACGAGAACUGCUCAUCCUAGAGAUGUUUUGUUUUCAUCAGAUUGUUAUCCAUGGUCAGAGUCAUGCCACAACUGUUGCCUUUUAUUGAGAGAGUGUAGAUAUAUACAAACUAUGUACUAAAUACUUUACUACUAAAAACUUAAGAUUUUACAAGCCAAAUGGUUUUCAUAAUGCAGGUCUUGCCUUAUGUAGUCAUGUUGAAUUGUUUUACAAAGAAAAAAAAAAUAUUUAAUUAUAUAUACAUGAAAGAAACAGUCCAAUGUUAACCAAAAUAUGUCUCAUUCCUAUAGACUAUUCCAAAUGUAUAUUUAGUGAAACUAAUUAAGAAAAUAUGCUUACUUUGUCUGAUUUAAUAUAUCUGUAUAUUUAUUAUAAUAUUAUUAGAAAGAGUUAGAACUUGACUCUGACAUAGCUAUGCGGUCUGAGUGCUGUUAUUACAAGCUACAGAGAAGUGCAAUAUAUAAAAGUGCCUAUCCCUGCAGUGUGGAGAAUAAUGAUGUAUAAUUCAUAAAGCCUGAGAUUCUUGUGGUGAUCUGUACCCUUUUGUACCCCCCUUUUUUUUUGGGGGGGGGGGGGGGGGGCUUUCCUAAUUAUGCAGGACGUAAUCCAACAUUCCUUCUCAUUAUAUUGUAUGAAAUCAUAUCUGUUAACAGUUUUUUUUUGGGGGGGGAGGGGGUGUAUUAUAGGUGUUACUCUACCUAUUUUGUAGUUAAUUUUGACUAAUCUGUUAAUUAAGAUGUAAAAUAUGGGAUUAUUUCAUAAAUUAUCUCGUAAAUUUUAUUGAGUGAAAUUAUUUUGAACUUGAUCUUUUUUGUGUGUGUUGAACUCUGCUGUGUUAAGACCUGGUGGUUUUAUCAUCAAGUGUAGAGUUACAUUUAUUUAUCAACUGCUUCUCGUGUUUGUAAAAAAGGAAAUGUUUUCUACAAAAUCAUGAGAUGUAUGAGAUUGAAAAUAUUUUAAUAAAAUUUAUUUAAUGCAA